AUGUCAGAAUCCUCACCUAUUAUACGCCAUCCGUACUCUAAGUUUUUAAAAAAUAAUAUUUAUAAGUCUCUUAAUUUGUUUGCUGGCGAAUAUGGUUCUAAGCCUUAUAACUCAACAGAUUCUUUCACGAGAAAACACAUCCGUAGCAAAAUUUUGGAUGAAUAUAUCUCAGUAUCGCAAUAUACUCCCAUAACAAACUCAAGCUCUCAACUAAUUGACCGAAGUAAGGAUAAGGAAGCUUUAAAGCCUAAGAUUAGGAAGGGAAAGUCUGCCUUGGCGGAAGUGAUUGAUUCGGUAGUUUCAGAAUUAUAUGCUUUGCAUCAACCAAAGAAGUUGGAACACUUAGAUUCUGACUUAGGUCAGACUAAAUAUAGACUGACAGAUACUAAUUAUCUGGCGAUUUCAGAUACGAACUCAACAACGGAGAAAUCAGCGGAAGGUAAGGAACUAUCGGUUACUCCCGAGGAAGUCAAGGCUGAAACACUUAAAAAAUACCUAAAAGAGACCGUUUCAAAGGGCCAUGAGAUAGCUAGCCUGGAUAUAAACCCUAAACUAGAACGAAUAAGAAGAGGAAGACCCACUUGGCAUGCACCAUGGAAGUUAUACAGAGUUAUAAUAGGUCAUCACGGUUGGGUACACUGUGUUGAUGUGGAUAUUUCAAAUGAGUGGUUUGUUACAGGAAGCGCUGACCGCUUGAUUAAGAUUUGGGAUCUUGCCUCAUGCGAGUUGAAACUUUCCUUGACUGGCCACAUAAACACAGUUCGGGAUAUCAAGAUAUCCAGUAGGAGCCCAUAUAUAUUCUCAUGCAGUGAGGACAAUACAGUUAAGUGUUGGGAUAUUGAGCAGAACAAAGUGAUUAGAAGUUAUCACGGCCAUUUAUCAGGAGUUUACAAACUAAGUUUACACCCAGAGUUGGAUAUACUAUUCAGUGGUGGAAGAGACGCAGUGGUUCGGGUUUGGGACAUAAGAACAAAGCAAGCCGUUCAUGUAUUAACAGGCCAUUCUGGAACAGUAAUGAGCCUUGUUAGUCAGUCAUCAGAGCCCCAAGUUAUUUCAGGCUCACAGGAUAAAACAGUUCGACUCUGGGACCUAUCCAUGGGCAAGAGUAUAGUGACACUUACAAACCAUAAAAAGAGCAUAAGAGCCAUGUCAGUGCAUCCAACUGAAUACUCUUUUUGUUCAUGCGCCUCAGAUAAUGUUAAGGUUUGGAAGUGUCCUGAGGGCCAAUUUAUCAGAAAUAUCACUGGACAUAAUAGUAUUUUGAAUUGUAGUGCUAUAAAGGAUGACGGAGACUCAAGUAUCUUGGUUGCAGGAAGCAACGAUGGACAAUUACAUUUCUGGGAUUGGAAUUCCGGUUACAAGUUCCAGACUCUUCAAUCAAAAGUUCAAAAGGGUUCACUGGAAAGUGAAAAUGGUAUCUUUUCACUGGUCUUCGACAAGAGUGAGUCUAGACUCAUAACAGCUGAAUGUGACAAGACGAUAAAGAUAUAUAAGCAGGAUGAAACUGCAACAGAGGAAACUCACCCAAUUGACUACCAGCCGUCAAAGAUUACUAGAUACUAUUAA